GUGGUCGAUCUGCGAAAAUCAAGCUGUAAGAUAGUGUUGCGGCCGUCAAAAAAACUAUUAUGUGAACGGUCCGGAGGUGUAUCUACGUCGAGACGAUUAAUAGAAAACCAGCCAACGACAUCAAAAAUAUUAUCCUUCUCUGUGGAGCAUCAAGGAACAGCUCCUCCAUCAUGUUGGAAGCACUCGGGUUCACCCUGCAGAUUUGCGGUCGGAUCGUGGGUGGCUUGCUGUAUUUUGUUUUCACUCACGUCAUCCUGCGGUUCAUCCAGAAAGCGACGUGGUCGCGAAAGCCGUACGAAUCUCUGUACACGAACGCGCAGAGCGAGAACGACCGGAGAUGCAUUGCGGACGCGCCCAGACCGAAGGCGAUACUGGACAAGAAGGAGGACCACAACGAGACGAGUUUGAAGGUGGCCAUGAGCUGCAACAAAUGUGGCACUACUGGUGCCAACAACCUCGAGAAGUUGAAAGCGUGUUCCAGAUGCAAGAUCGUACACUACUGUUCCGAAGCUUGUCAACGUGCAGACUGGAAGAAGCACAAGCUAAACUGCAAGCCCGGCGGUGCUGCGGUAAGUUGUACAACAUCAAUAGCGUCAACAAGAAGCGUUACAACAACAUCCUACGACGGCGUGCUUGCGUGGUUCGAGGACGAAAACCUGAACAGUGUUCCGACCAGCAUAAGCGAUGCGGGGCGGCGGGUCAAGGAGAUUUUGACGAAAUGGCGACAAUGUAAGGGGCAUGUCGCCGCACGGGUGACUUUGUCCUUGGCGAUCUUCAACUUUCUACACUACAUGGAUUAUUUCCCGUUUGUUGAAGAUCCUCAGAGCAGCCGCGAGGGUGACUUCAAAGAACUGGCAGAUGUUGACAAUCUCAAGUCCAGCAUCCCGUGGGAGGACAUCACGGAGGAGUUGAUUGGUUUCAUCGUCGACUGCGGGCGAGCCCCCGAUACGUUCUUUGCACAGGAUGAGUCCCUGCUGAAGCUGUGGAUCGAAGCGAGCGCCGCCCUGGUGCUGCUGAUGAGCAACGCGGACUGGACCUUCCUGGACUAUUUGCCGAACGACGCGGGCGACGGGUUUUCGAGGAUCCUGGGGUGUCUGGAUCUCACCUUCAACACGGUGGCGUGGUGGGUGGCGCGGAAUUUCGGAAAGGAUCAUGUGGAAAUUGUAACUGAAACUGAGAGUAGUGGAAACAAGAAGAAGAAGUUACUGACCAUGGAGGAGAAACUUCUCGUUUGGACCCUCGUGGACUCCCUGACCAAAAUCAACGCACGCUAUUUUUCCCGAAUUCGGGUCGUCGCCAACUCGCCGCUGUCUUUCUGCAUCAUGUUGCUGCUUAUGCUAAUUGCAAAAGUAUGCUAACCGCGCUUGUACCACCAGUUGCAGUACAGCAUGACGGGAGUGGUUUAUGUAGCCCAUUCAGGAUCAAAAACAGAAUUUCAUUUUUCUUUCUGGAAAUUUGUAUAUGCAUAUGCUAUUUCAUCUACUUCUGCUUCCUCUAGACCGUACUUUUGCAAUGCAUACUCCCGAUUCGCGAGUUGCUCAAGCUCGUGGGCGCGGACCACGCGGAGGACUUGCCGAAACUGCUGCUGGACUUCGUCCUCGCGAUCCGCCGGAAGAAGCCGCGAUUCAACGUUCGCGAUUUCUGGGGACUGCAGAUUGUCCUGCGCAGCAUGGGCGACCUGCUCUGGAACUACCAAGGGCGGGAGCAGCAGGAGCUCUGGCUGCCGGCGAGGGGCGGAACUGCGGGGAACAAGAAACUGAGUCUGCGGGAAGCGCGGAACAUCUUUCGGAAGUGCUUUGACAUCGUGCAGAAGUUCGUGCAAUCCGCCAGCUGCGACGGCGCUCCUGAAAGUCAAAACCAAUAUCUUCACAGCUUUUUGCGCAUGGAAUUUCACGAUCUCUGGAGCGACGCCUGUUUUCUGUUCGCCGUUCCCAAGGCCGCAGAGGAUCUUGGAAUCCGGGUGAAGUCGCCGAACACCUGCGCGAUUUGCUUCGAGGAGGGCGAGGUGAAGGAGGAGGAUGUGGGAAAAAUCUACAUGUGCGGCCACUGGCUCCACCUGGAGUGCCGAGAGCAGAUGGUCGCGCACGCGAACCGCAAUCCGACGCUUCCCUGGGACUUGAAGACCCCGCUCCCGCCGCACUGUCAGUUCAAGUGCGACCCCACCGCCCGCGCGGCCUGGGACCUGAAUGGCUCCGUCGGAAGUCGGAAGAUGGUGGCCAUGCUCGACUCCAUGUCGGGCGUGAUCAAGCCGGUGGACCUCUACGAGGCGCAGCGGUAUACUCCGCCAAGCUGAGAAGGUGAACAACAGGUGAUACAACAAGACAGAGUUUCAAGUCAGUAGUGUCUAAAUCUGAAACAACAACGCAAAAAACUUGAUGCGACGCCUACUCUGUAUGUUAUAAUUUUAAUUUACCCUCGAUCAUCAUCAUCUUCAUCAUCAAGCAGAGCACGAGCAAAUUCGAGACUCGAAACGACUAUUGAUGCCGCUCUUCAUUUCUAUGUAUUUACUGUGUUGAUAAAUCAAUGAAGAUGUUGGACUUUGAACACACCUGCCACACUGAGUGGCCAAAGCUUCUACCUUCGAGAGGUCUCUAACACGUUCAAGCACUUCAAUCUCUCAGCAGACAGGGCGAAAGCCUCUGGCUGCGUUGCAUCCUGUGAAGAUUCAUCAAUCAAGGUUCAUCAUAGACAUCAUUCCACACAUCACAGGCUCUGAGACUCCAGAUCUCUAGGCAUUCUGGGACCUACUGCCCGCUCUGUAUGGGUGCGAUUUUAUCAGGGACGGAGGUCCCUGGUAAAGUUUUUAUCUAGGUCGGAGCUCCUUGGCAAAGUUUUGAUCUAGGACGACGGUCCUUGAUAAAGUCAUCAUCCAGGAUUUGGCUAGGAUCUGGACCAUUCUGAGAUCGGUCAAAUCGGUACCGUGGGAGCCUGCGUAGGGAUUUCAUCUGGGACCCGGGUCCCUGGUAAAGAUUUUACCAGGGUCGCCGGUCCUUGAUAAAAUCCGAACCAAGAGAGCCCGACUUGCUCAAAUUCUUCAUCAUUUGCAUUUGGAGAGCAGGCAUUUCGGGAUCUCAUAGAAGCUUCAGUCUUGCGUGGAGGUAGGGUUUAGAUCACAUGACCAACAGAAGAAUAGGAGUCGACUUCUUUAUAUUUUUUACGAUCAAGAAAUUGCAGCAUGACUGAGUUAAGUGGGUCCGUCCUAGCAUGGACUGACAACGAACUAAAUGUAUCAUUCUAACUGGUACAACAAGCAUGUUGCAAUCAUGGUCAUGGUCAUGCGAUAGCCAUAUACGUCGAAGCCUUGUUGGUUAUGUACAGUCUGAUCU